AUGGCAUCUAAGGUGGUCAAUGUUCCUUGCCUCUUGGUGGCAAUGUUCUUCAUCCUGUCUGCGGCUGCCUGCUCUUCCUGUGAUACAAACAAGGCACCAAAGGCCCUGGUCAAGACCCACCAGAUCAUAGCUUCUUUUGGACAAUGUCCAGUUGAUCCUCUGAAGCUUGGCGCCUGCAUCGACUUGCUGGAUGGAAUGCUGCAUCUGGUGGUCAGCCACCAUUCGAGUGGGUCUCACUGCUGCCCUCUAGUCAAGGGCUUGGCCGAUCUCGAAGCCGCUGCUUGCCUCUGCAACGCAGCCAAGGCAGACGUCUUGGGCAUCAACGUCGGCCUUGACGUCAAGCUCAAUUUGCUCGCCAAAGCCUGCGGCCGCAAAAUCCCCGAGGGCUACAGCUGCCAGUAG